GUGCUGCAGAACCUGAUCAGUCAUGCAAGAACUGCGGCGGAAAAGUUUACUCGCGUCGCUUCGAAAUGCAUAACACUAGAACAAGUCCUUACCUCCUUUAGUUAGUUUCUGAACAUAUUUAAACCCUUAUUGUAUCAAAACGUAAUGGCUGAAAACCGUCCUAAAUACAUGAACUGGAUUCUAGAAUGCAUCAAUCUGCUAAGAAGUCGAAAAUCAAGGCCCGACCUCGAGCGAAUUUGUAGGACUAUGCUAAAAUGUCACGGAGUUGAAGAGAAGGAUACGGAGGACGACCUACGAGCCUUAGUUCAAGCCGGUAUAGUCACCAGGCGAUCUUUUAAAGGGGCAAUUUCUUACAGAAAUUCGGCAGGCUGGAAUAGAACGCAUGGUGCGGGCAAAGUUUCUAGAGCUGGGAGAUGGGUUAGCGAAGCUAUUCGAGCUCUCGAUCGCGGCUUCGGUGCUAGUCUUCAAGACAUCGAGCACUAUAUUUCAGCCAAGCACCCAUACUAUAACAAUCUGAAACCACGUAUCAAGAUAGCUGUGAGAGACGAUAUCGAACAUGGCCGCAUAUGGCUGGCUGGCGAAGGGAUGUACCGGCUAUUAGAAUCCGCAGAGAGUCCUGAGAGAGAAAUCUGCAGCACUGAGCCGAUCUGUGACUUUUGCCUUCAGACUUCAGAGUGUAACAGACAGGGGGAAUUUGAAAGCCUUCUUAUUUGUAGAGAUUGUGGAAAUAAAGCUCAUGCAAGCUGUAUGAAUUACUCGGCUGAUUUGACUUCAAGGAUAAGGGAUGAUGCCGGCUCCUGGCAGUGCAUUGACUGCAAAACAUGUGUCAUUUGUAAUGAUAGUGGUGAUCCUGGAAGUUUGCUCUUCUGUGAUGCCUGUGACAAGGGUUACCACAUGCAAUGUCAUGUUCCUCCUCUUGAAAGCAUGCCUUUGGGCAAAUGGAUCUGCUACAAUUGUGAAAACCACCCCACAAACCCUGCCAGGCUAGAAGAGUUCAACGGUGUUGUUGAUAUCAAGGUCAGGCGAAAGGACAGCAGGAAUGCAAGUGAAUCAGAAACACAUUUAUCCACAGAAUCUGGCAACUUCCCCCAUGAGGACAUGGAGGAGUGUAUGGUUGAGGUGAAGGACAUGCAUGUCCAAGUUGAUGCUGAGAAUGUCCAGCGUGAGUUAGAGAUGUUAUCUCAGUCAACUCCCCCUCGUACCCCUCCAAGGUCAAAGCCUUCUCCAACCAAUAGGGAGUCAAGCUCUAUAGCAUGCGGAUCUUUAAAUGAUGCAGUUAAAAGCACAGGAAGUAUGGUAGACAACAAGCCUGACAAAAAGAACGUAACAGCCGAUGCUUCAAAGUGGGAGGUCGCGGACGUCAUCAAGUUUCUGGAGACUGCGGGUUUUACUGAAGAGUCUAAGAACUUUAAAGAACAGGAAAUUGAUGGCUCUGCUCUGUUGCUGAUGUCGAGAAAUGACGUGCUUACGGGGCUCUCGUUGAAAUUGGGGCCUGCUCUGAAGAUCUACAGUCAUGUGUCCAAACUACAGCGUUGUCAGCCCAAACUUGCCACACGAUCUUCAGCGCACUAGUGGGGACAGACACACUUUGUUCCUGGAGCGAUUCCCAGAUCACGUAAUAUUAGUGAGUUUUGUAGAGCGAGUCCUCUCUCGUUCUUGCUUCUUAGUGCUGGUUAGUGCGAAACCAGCCUUUAGGCAAGUUGCUGGUUCUUUGAAGCCGCAUUGUCACCAGUUUACUUCCGGUCGAUUACGUAACAAUCUCCGAUGAUUUUUAACGGAAAACGCGAAAAAUAUUUCAAAAAUAUUGAAAGCAGUAUGUUUAUUAAGUAUCUUUGAGGAUGUGAUUGAUAAUUUAGAGCGGAUGGCCUGUUUAAUAUCUCGGAUUUUAAUAGAUUCCUUUGUCUUUUGACGGUUGAGGUUUCCGUCGGACCUCCGGAAGUAAACUGGUGACAAUGCGGCUUAAGAUACAUAUGAUGUAAUGAUUAGACUUAAUUAGAACUUCUUAUACUGUGAAUGUGGAAAUUUCCAGAUAAAUUUGAUGUUUGCGCUUUUCGAAAAUAAAAAUAGCAAAAUGCGGUUUUUCCCCAACAUCUACAGUAUGUAACUAAAAUUUGUCAAAAUGUAGUCUCUCUUAGGUUAAGUUCAAACAGCACUAACUUCAAAACCUUUUGUCAGUUCUUACAGUUGUCAUAUUUUAGAACUUGUAAACGAAAUGACUGAAACGCGCUGUUUGGACUUACCCUUUAUCAAAAUUUCUAUAACUUCCGUAAUUUCUGAAUAAUAAUAGAAUAAUUAUACUAUUAAUUUAGCACUUUGUCGAGGACAAAUAGGCUUUUUUAUGAAUCUGAUUUCGAACAUUUAUCUCUAAUGGCCUGUGAUUAGGCUAAAUAUAAACCUGAGUUUUAUAUGAUAUUUUCGUAUCGUUAUACAUACAUUCUCUUCGACCAUUUGUUGCCGUUCUCUUCUGUGAGUUAUCUGAAAAGACAACAAAAUGACGGUGUUUUCCUUUCAGAAUAAUCUCGUUUUUUUCAUGAAACACACAUCUGCAUAGUCAACAAGUCUUGACUCCUUACGGUGGGUGUAUUCUUGAAACUCCAGCGUAUUUUUUUUUUCCAUUCCAAAUGCCCCUGUGUAAUUUAGCCACCUUUAAAAAUUACCCAAAAGACACUGGAACGAAGUUAUGUUGAUAAGCUCUCUUACGAGGCAUAGAAGACCCUGGGGAAUCAAGAAUACCGAAAUUGUGAGGUAGUUUAGGCUAAUUCAAACUAUGUAUUAUCCAUGAGUCGAAUUUAAUUCAAAUGAUUCGAGUCUAUUGUUUCAUCUCCAUUUGCAUGUAUUUGCAUUGAAUACGGCUCAUGGAUAAUACGACGUUUAAACUUAGCCUUAUUCACGCAUUAGCUUGCAGCAAGCUAUUGUAUAUGUAAAAAAAAACGUCACUGGGCAUCUAUUUUUGUGUAUUUGUGGCACUUUGUAAAAAUAAAUAAACAAUAAAAUGG